GAAUUGCGCCAGAGCGAUCGUCUCCUUAUUAAAGGAGGGAGAAUAGUCAAUGAUGACCAGUCAUUCUACGCUGACAUUUACAUGGAGGAUGGCCUCAUAAAGCAGAUUGGAGACAACCUGAUUGUCCCUGGAGGGGUCAAAACCAUAGAAGCCAAUGGGAAGAUGGUGAUCCCUGGAGGAAUUGAUGUCCACACUCGCCUGCAGAUGCCAUACAAGGGAAUGACAGCUGUGGAUGAUUUCUUCCAAGGAACAAAAGCGGCUCUGGCUGGUGGAACCACCAUGAUCAUGGACCACGUAGUGGCAGAGCCCGAGUGCAGCCUGGCCGAGGCGCUGGAGCGGUGGCGGGAGUGGGCUGACGGCAAGGCCUGCUGUGACUACGCGCUGCACGUGGACAUCCCGCACUGGGGUGACCGCGUCCGCCAGGAGCUGCACACCAUGGUCCAGGAGAAAGGCAUCAAUUCCUUCAUGGUGUACAUGGCCUACAAGGAUUUGUACCAGAUGUCCAACACCGAGCUGUAUGAGAUAUUCAGUUGCCUGGCAGAGCUGGGUGCCAUAGCUCAAGUUCAUGCUGAGAACGGGGAUAUAAUUGCUCAGGAACAAGCCAGGAUGUUGGAGAUGGGAAUAACAGGCCCCGAGGGCCAUGUGCUGAGCAGGCCUGAGGAGCUGGAAGCAGAAGCUGUCUUCCGGGCCAUUACUAUUGCCAGCCAGACCAACUGCCCUCUCUACGUGACUAAAGUGAUGAGCAAAAGUGCUGCUGACCUCAUCUCACAAGCCAGAAAAAAAGGCAUUGUGGUGUUUGGUGAGCCCAUCACGGCCAGUCUGGGGACUGAUGGGACACACUACUGGAGCAAGAACUGGGCCAAGGCUGCGGCAUUUGUGGUCUCUCCACCACUGAGCCCAGACCCGACAACUCCUGACUACAUCAAUUCCCUCCUGGCCAGUGGGGACCUGCAGGUUUCAGGAAGUGCUCACUGUACCUUCAGCACUGCGCAGAAAGCCAUCGGAAAAGACAACUUCACGGCAAUCCCAGAAGGGACCAACGGCAUAGAGGAACGAAUGUCUGUCAUCUGGGACAAGGCAGUGGCCACAGGAAAGAUGGACGAAAACCAGUUUGUGGCUGUGACAAGCACUAAUGCUGCAAAAAUCUUCAACCUGUACCCACGGAAAGGGAGAAUAGCUGUGGGCUCGGACAGCGACCUGGUUAUCUGGGAUCCUGAUGCAGUGAAGAUCGUCACGGCAAAAACCCACCAGUCUGCGGCCGAAUACAACAUCUUUGAGGGGAUGGAGCUCCGCGGGGCGCCGCUGGUUGUCAUAUGCCAGGGGAAGAUCAUGCUGGAGGAUGGCAAUCUGCAUGUGACCCAGGGGACUGGACGCUUCCUGCCCAGCAGCCCUUUCCCUGACUAUGUCUACAAGCGCAUCAAAGCCAGGAGAAAGAUGGCGGAGAUGCACGCUGUGCCCCGGGGCAUGUACGAUGGACCAGUGUUUGACCUGACCACCACCCCCAAGGGGGGCACCCCUGCGGGGUCAGCCAGGGGAUCCCCCACACGGCAGACCCCCCCUGUCAGGAACCUGCAUCAGUCUGGAUUCAGCCUGUCAGGUACCCAGAUCGAUGAGGGCGUGCGCUCGGCGAGCAAGCGCAUCGUGGCACCCCCGGGAGGUCGCUCCAACAUCACCUCCCUGAGCUAGGCGUCCCCGCCGAGGAGGAACGAAGCCGCUGUUCAAGCGAAGGAAGAAAAAUGGUACAUUGGUGUUUAAGAAGGAAAAGAAGUAAAUCUGUUCUGAAGAAUCAAUAAGCCUCAAGCCUUAUGUUUCACAAAUGCUACUUGCUACCUAGCUUUAAAGAUGUUGCUUCGUUUUGUUUUCGCAUAGCCUUAAGGUUCUGUGUUGUUGCUGUUGUGGAUUGGGUCGGGUUGUGUUGUGCUCUCCCUCUCUGUGUGCAUGCUGCUCGGACAGGUCGCUCGGUUCAGUGUGUGUUGGUGUUGAAGGCGUGGGGUGCCGUGGUGUGGGGCAGCGGGA